AUGAGCGAGGGCCAUGACGCGGUGGAGGAUGACCUGGCCGACUACUUCAACGACGAUGGAGACUCUGACAAGUCCGAGGUUGAGCAGACACUCGAUGAGAUUGCCCACGUGGUUAACUGUCUUCUUCGACUAUCUGUCACGAUACGCAAUCCAGCUCCUCACGACCAGUUCCUGUCUCGAGCGGGAGAGGGCCUCGUCAAGGAAUUCGUAUACUGGGAUGCUAAGCACGUCCGGGAUAAGUUCCCAAAUGUGGACAAAGACCUGGCAGACAGACUUGGAAGAGCUAUGGCUCGUAGGCGGCAGUAUUUCAAGUAUCGGGAGGAGCACAAGAGCCGCCUGGCUGAAGGCUUGGAGGAGGAUGAGGCCGAGUUCGAAGGGCGAGCGACGACUAUCGCUUCAUCUCUCCCGGAUCAUCUCAAGGAAGCAGGAAAGAGUACCGAGGCUGGCGCGACCCAGUUAGCCAUGCUAGAUGACGCCCGCUCUGAUGCCUCGGCGACGUCGUAUGCCACCUCAAAUCCUGACUCGACCCAGCUGCGAGUCCCCCCAAUACCGAAGGAGCACAUCGAUGGCUCAUUCAAGUGUCCGUUCUGCCACAUGAUAGUCUUGAUAGACACGAGGCAUGCCUGGAAAGAUCUUCGACCAUAUGUCUGUCUCUCAGAGGCCUGCCAGACACCAGACCACCUCUAUGUGCGCCGCAACGACUGGAAGAUGCACAUGAGGCGGGAGCACUGGAAGACUUGGCACUGUCCUUUGGGAUGCGAUGCAGAAUUUGACAGUGCCCAGAUCUUCCAAAAUCACGUCAAGACAGCCCACGAGCAGAAUGUACCCCCCGAAAGGAUACACACGCUCGAGGGCCUCAGCAGCCGUGCCGACGUAACGAAGGCCCAAGGUAAAUGCCCUCUGUGUUGUGAUUUCCAAGUCGGAUCUGAGAAGCAGUACGAGAAACAUGUUGGGCAACACCUCCAGCACCUUGCGCUAUUUACCUUGCCCGACACAGGGGAGGAGGGCGAUGAAGAUGACGAUGGGGACGAAGACAAAGAGGAAGAGGGGCUCGACAAUGGAGAUGAGGAUGACGAAGACGAUGACGAGGAAGAUGUGGAGGACAUCUGGCUUGCAACGGACGACUCUAGAAGCAAGGGUGUUGAAGCUGCGACUGAGGCUAUAGCCAAGAUUCAAGAGGAAACCAAGGCCAAGCUUGAGGAGAGCCAAAAGGCCGAGCUGGCUCCGAUCAGAUUUAAGGACGCUCUCGGUCGGAAAUUUUCCUUCCCUUUUCGGCUUUGCGCGACUUGGAAGGUAUUAAUUAGGGGAAUUCUGUCAUAUGACUGA